CACUGUGAGCAGAAACGCAAAAGCAUCAGACCGCAGCAGCUCUCGCCGAUGGCUUCUUCCUCCGCCACCAUGGUGGUCUCCUGCGCCCGCUCCUCCUCCGGCAUGGUCGCCCCCUUCUCCGGCCUCAAGUCCCUCUCCGGCGUCCCGUUCCCGACCAAGAGGGCGAACGCCGACCUCUCCCACCUCCCCAGCAACGGCUGCCGCGUCCGGUGCAUGCAGGUGUGGCCGAUCGAGGGGAAGAAGAAGUUCGAAACCCUCUCCUAUCUUCCUACCCUGAAGGACGAAGCCCUGCUGAAGCAGAUCGAGUACCUCCUCCGUUCCAACUGGAUUCCCUGCUUAGAGUUCUGCAAGAGAGGAUUUGUGUGGCGCGAGAACCAUCGUUCUCCGGGAUACUACGACGGACGGUACUGGACGAUGUGGAAGCUGCCGAUGUUCGGGUGCACGGACGCGACGCAGGUGGCGAAGGAGGUGGAUGAGUGCAAGAAGGAGUACCCCGACGCCUUCAUCCGCAUCAUCGGCUUCGACAACAAUCGCCAGGUGCAGUGCAUCAGCUUCAUCGCCUACAAGCCCACCGAUGCCGAUUUGAAGUGAUAUAUUAUUGAAUAAAUGAAUAAAAAAAGUAUUAAUUAUAUGAAUAUCACUUUGUAAUUCUGUGAAUUCCAAUUUGUAUUUGGACGGCACUGUUGGAGAGUGUUGUUGUUGUUGUUGUAUCCCUAAACUAAAAUAUGAUAUUAAAUUUAUGUUUUGUGUGAA